AUUACACACAAGCUCGAGCGCCGCCGCCGCUGCGAUUGGUGCGCCCGCACCACGCUAAAAAGCGCGAGAGACCGCCAGUAACAGCGCAAACACGGAGCGCAAGCGACAUCGCCCGUAGAGACAGCGGAUCAGCGACUCCGCGCCCCCUGCACACAACAGACAGCGAGACGCGGCGCGCAGACAAGCGCGCAGACGUGCGCGAAGGCAAACAAACCAUGAGCGCCGCAGCCGUCGCCGCGCCGCCCCCGGAGCCCGAGGCAGAUGCCGAAGCCCCCAAGAAGCGCGGCCCGCCCGUCGUUAUUAUCGACAGCGGCAACACGAACGUGGCCGGAGGCAUCAGUGGCAGGGCACUCGCGUCGCGCGUCAAGACCUUCCAGGACGGCUCCAACGUUUGGGUCCGCGAGAAGACGGAGGAGACCGAUGCCCCAGAAGUUGUGGAAGCGCGACGGGAAGCUUUGAGGGCCAAGGCCGUCAUAGGGGACGGUGAAGGUGUCGAGCUGGAUGCCGAGAAGGCCAAGCAGGAAGCGUUAGGUGGUGUGAGUGAAGAAACGAUGGAUAAGACCGCGCGGGAGAUCCAGUGCUUUAGGUUGGCGGCGUUUGACGUGAAUAUUGAUGAAUUGGAGGUCAAAGAAUGGCUAAGGCCCGACGCGGACCCUUCAGAUUAUUUCAACUACGGCAUGGGCGAGGACACGUGGCGCCAGUACCGCGACCAGCAGUUGAUUCUGAGAAGGUCGCUGCAGGAGCGGCGCGCGGCGAUGGCACAGGCGGCCGCACGAGAGCGCCACGCGGAAUUACUGAAGCAGGGUCCUCCUCAACCUCCCACCUUACCGAUGCCGAUCAUGGGUGGGCCUCGGCCGCCCUGGGGCGGGCCGGGCGGGCCCAUGCCACCACCAAACGCUUUCCCACCGCGCGGCUUCCCCGGUUUCUUCCUGCGCGAAAACCAAAACUUCGCGUCGCGUCGAUGGCGUGGCGGUGCCGGCGCCUUCUCCGCGCCAUCGAACCGACGCGGUCGCGGGGACGACGUCGCGUCGAUGGCGUGGACCCUCCGCGCCAUCGAGCCGACGCGGUCGCGGGGACGACGUCGCGUCGAUGGCCUCACCGCUCGACGACGCAGGCCAGGGCUUCCCACCUCGCGGCUUCCCGCCGAACUUUCCUCCUCAAAAUUUACCGUGGCCGCCGGGCGCGCCUGCAUUUCCUCCUCGGCCGAGCUUUCCUCCGCAAGGCGGUUUCCCAGGCGCUCCGUACGGCGCGCCGGCGGCGCCCGCGCCGGCGCCAGAGCCUUCUCGAAAACGGUCGCGGUCGCGCGAGCGGUCCCGGCGGCGACGGCGGCGGGGGGACUGAGUUAACAGACAACUUCUUAGGU